AUGUCCUCACCCAAGUUGCGCAUUGCUUUCAUCCACCCAGACCUCGGCAUAGGUGGUGCAGAACGUCUUGUGGUCGAUGCUGCUCUCGGCUUGCAGGAACUUGGACACGAAGUAGAUGUUUACACGUCUCACCACGACCCAAAUCAUUGUUUCGAUGAGACACGCGACGGCACUCUUCGUGUGCACAACGUGGUGCCCCCCUUUCCGCGCUCGCUCAAGGGCAGAUUCCACAUCCUAUUCUCGCAUGCUCGCCAGUUACAUCUCACGGCGUUUCUCCUCCGACCGCGAUCCCCAGCCUAUGAUGUCUACUUUGUAGACCAGCUAUCGACAUGUAUUCCAUUCCUACGCACCUUCGCGCGAACGCGAGUUGUGUUCUACUGCCAUUUUCCUGACAAGUUGCUUGCUGACGGAGCUUAUGUCGAGGGGAAGGUGAAGCGAAAGGGGGGGAUUUUGAAGCGGAUCUACCGAUUUCCUAUGGAUUGGCUAGAGGAGGUGACCACUAAGCAAGCGGACAUCAUUCUCGCUAAUUCUAACUUUACUUCUCGUGUGUUCAAGGCACAUUUCAGCUCCAUUCCAAGCACACCAAAAGUGGUACACCCUGGUAUUAACCUUGCAGCAUACGAGGCGACAAGCGUGGAGAGUCAAGAUCCUGAUAUUUUAUUGGUAGCUUCUGACCGCCCAACAUUGCUCUCUCUGAAUCGCUUUGAGAAGAAAAAGAAUGCUGUUCUAGCAGUUAACUCCUUUGCCAUGCUCCGAAAGAAGCUACAAGGAACUGCUCUGGCUUCGAAAUCGCAAUCGAUGCGACUCGUAGUUGCCGGUGGCUAUGAUCCCCGACUAGAAGACAACAUGAUGACCAUCACAGGACUUGUCGACUGCGCGAAAGCUAACUCGUUGACUUUCAACAUUGUCUCUCCAACCUUGUCUCGCACUAAAAUCCCCCCGUUUGAUGUCACGCAGUCGGACCCGGAUAUUCUCUUCCUCCUGAACUUCACCACAGCCCAGCGCUCUGCGCUACUCUCUGCCCCUUCUACGCUAGCUCUGCUCUAUACGCCCAUGAAUGAACACUUUGGCAUCGGUCCCGUCGAAGGCAUGGUAUGCGGGCUUCCCAUUCUCGCUUGUAACACAGGGGGGCCCACGGAGAGCGUGCUCGACGGACCGACGGAGGAGCGGACGGGUUGGCUCCGUCCGCCUGAGGUUGAAGCAUGGGCUGAAGCGUUGAAGGACAUUGUCACCCUCCCCGCAGAUGAGCGGACCAAGUUGGCGGCCAGGGCUCGCCGGCGUGCUGUGGACAAGUUCGGUAUGGAGGCAAUGGCGAAAACUCUUGAUACCGUUCUUCAUGAAGCCGUGGCCAUGGGCCCCGUUAUGGCGUCGUCUGUCUUGCUUGUAUGCUGGGCGAUGUUGGCGGUACUAGUAGCAUAUCUUGUGAGAGACUUACUCUGA